AUGACAAAUGUAAUCAAAGGAUUUGAGCACCGCGAAACCAAGCGAAGAAGCCAAAAAAAGCGAAGAAACCAAAAAAACGAAAAGCAAAACAAGCGACGCAAAACCACACAGCCCCCGCAAGUCCGCCCAAACCCCGGACCGCCCUCGGCACCCCGCCACCACCGCCGCGCGACGGCCCCCAUGCUACCCAUACGCGGCCUCUGGGCCCGCGGGCCCCCCCCGGCCCCCCGGGCCCUCCUGCGAUCCCCCCAUUCCCUCCACUCCGCCCCCGCCGAAGCGAGCCCCUUCCCCUGCCUGACCGAGGCCGACGCCCUCGAGCGACUCCGAUCCUCCGCCGCCCGCCUUCCGGAAUCUUCAUCCCCGCUGGCAUUUUUCUCGUCCGUGAUCGGCGGCGUGGUUACCGACGGGCAUUUGAUGGCGGCGCCCAUUGAUGACCAUUUGGUGCACCGGGGCCACGGGGUGUUCGACACGGCGACGGUGUGGGGAGGGCGGGCGUACAUGCUGGAGCAGCACCUGGCCCGACUGGCGGCAUCGGCGCGGGGCGCGGAGAUCGACUUCGAGGGGAAAGGCUGGCCCAAGUCGCGGCUCAAGGCCGCCAUCCUCUCCACCAUCCGCGCGGCGGGCCGCUCGAAUCAAUUGGUGCGGUUCUGGCUGGGCGCGGGCCGCGGUGGCUUCUCCAUAUCCUCCUCUGAGUGCCUCGAGCCGUCGUUCUACUGCGUCGCCAAGCCCUACGAGGUGCUGCCGCAGGCGGCGUACGACAAGGGGCUGGCCAUUGUGACGUCCAGCGUGCCCAUGAAGCCAAAGAUGUUCGCCAACAUCAAGACGACCAACUACCUGCCCAACGCCCUGGUGACCUUGCAGGCUGAGCGCGCGGGCGCUUGGAGCGGCGUCUGGGUGACAGACGCUGGCAACAUCGCCGAGCUGCCCACCCUCAACAUCGGCUUCUCCUUCGCGCCCGACGCCCUCACCUUCCCCAAAUUCACCUCCACCCUGGCGGGCCUCACCGCCAGCAGGACGCUGCACCUGGCGGCUGCCCACCUGGGCAUGCGCAUCGAGCAGAGGGACGUGUCCUUACAAGAGGCCAAGGGGGCGAGGGAGGCUUUUGCAGUCGGGGGCCCCCUGACGACUGUGCCAAUUGUGGAGUGGGAUGGGGAGAGGGUAGGGGACGGUGGGGUGGGGCCGGUGGCCAGGCGGCUGCGGGAGGCGCAGCUGAAGGACCUGGAGGACGGCUGGGGGGAGGAAGGCGUGCUGGAGGAGGUGGGGGGACUGGGGUAG